CACACUUCUAAUAACAUCUUUCUCACUAAGUAUUCAGAUUAUACUUUAUCUCCCUGAUCUUCUGCUUAUUUCCUUCCAUAUUAUAACACGUUAUCAGCACGAAUUUGCUCCAAAUCUUCAAAAUCAUCAUCUUCCCAGCAGGUAUAUACUUUCUGGAAUUUAUUAAUUCAUGUGAAAAGAAAAUCAGAGAUUGAGAAGUAUAACAAGUUUAUAUAUAUAUAUUCAAAACUAUAAGAAGUAUGCUCUAUGGUUGCCCAACAAUUGGGAUCCUCCAUAUCAGAAAAUUAUAGCUAUAUUUUUUAUAAAAGAGGUCGAAGAGGAAGAAAGACAUACCUUUAUACUAAUAUGUUCUUGAGAUAAAAUAUGCUCUGAAAUCUGAACUUUUGCUUGGGAAGAAUGUUUGACAGCAUAUAUCAGAGAUUUUCAUGUAUAUAUGAUAAUAUGAACAUAUUGUACUAAAUACAUAUGAACUAAAUCCGUAUGAAUAUAAGAAGAGCAUAAGCUCAUCAAUCUCAUGAAUCCAUCAACUAAUAUACUACGUAGUAGAUAGUAUUAGUUUUCUUUUCCUCUCUUCAACAUUUGAUAGUAGCAUAAAUACAAUCUAUUUUUAUAUCUUCAUAGACUAUAAAAAAAAAGGGAACUCGAUAUGAAGUACUCUGUAAAAAAAAAGGAGAGACGGUGAGGGGAAAUUAGUACGUUGUUUGCUUUAUAUUCGAACAUCAUCAUACAAACUAAUUCAUUGAAUUGAUGUAUAAAUAAAACUAGCUGGUAGUUAGUCACAGGCCAUACAAGUAGAUAAGAGCAUUUAUUUUUACUUGUCUUCUUCCUUGAUAUAAUAAAUACGGAGUACAUCGUAGUAUCUCUCUCUAUAAAACCAACUACUCCGUAUUUCACAUGGGUGUACUAACACUACCACAUCUUUUUGUACGUCCUGAUAUUAUGAGUUGGGUUGACACAACAAAUAUCCAGGUUUCGUGUAAAUUGCAUGUAUUUGCUACUUAGGGGUGAGAUAAACAAACUGGACAAAUAAACGGUCUUAUCUAAAUGGCCAGACUCUCAUAAAGCACUGACAAUUUUCUGGAGUCAUGGGUUGUUUAUUUUUACUAGCACCAGUACCACAUAUAUUGAUAUACUCCGUAUAACUCACGGGUCUACACGGCAAUUUAAUUUUAUGAAGUAAUUAUCAUAGUGCCUUCAUAUAUACUCGGUACAUAAUAUACAUACAUCUUAUGGAGAUCUAUUGAGCUAUUCAGUUAUCCAUCUCAAGGAUUAGUUUAAUGUUUUUUUUUUAAAUUCAUUACAUAUAUACAUUGAGAGAACAUAAUAAGCUACUCCCUAACAUUAAAUGAGAUGACUCAUGACUGUCCUGACUCCUGACUAUGGUCUCUCAUGCCGACAUAUACACGUGAAGUUUUUUUUUUUUAUAUUAAUGUUGACUUCACUAUUUUGGCUUUUCCCAACACCAUUUCAAUUUAAAGACCCGGUGUAUAAAUAAAUAAAAAUGAAAUGGAUUUAAUACUGAGUAUAGAUUACUACAUCUACGCAUAUGAAAUAAUUAAUAAAUAAAAGUGAUAACAAUAAAUUAUACGUAUACCUCUUGAUUUGGACUUUGGAGGAAGUUCAUUAUUGUUUUCUUUUUGCUACCUCAAUGUUUUUUCAACACAAUCACUUUGACUAAAAUAUUACUUAAACCGAUGAACUAAAAUUAUUUGAAAAAUGGACUACUGUGUUGUAUAUUGUUAAAACCAAGACAACAAUUUAUCCAUCAAAGACAUUCGGUUACUAUAGUAUAUUAUUUCUUUCGAAAUAAUAACUUUUGAUUAUUAUUAAGUUACACGUCUCCAAUUGUUAAGAGGGCCCCUUAACAAUUGGUAUGACAGUAACUUGAACCAAACGGUCAUUAUGUACAUUUAUGUCAAUUGCCGGGAAUAACCCCUCAUAACGGCACUCAUGAUCGUUUUUAAUCUCAAAUGAUGAGGUCGAAAUUAAUAAGAAGUAAAUAUGUGACCUAAAUCACUUCUCUUAUUGAAAGUCCGAAUAGAGUAACUCACUUUAUUUUCUCCUUGUUAUCUAGUAUGGAGUAUAUUUCAAAAUAGAAAUUUAAAGUAGUGCUUAUUUUUAACGUGAAAGUUAUUCACAAUUAAAUGUACUAUUAAGUGAAGUACAAUUUAUAUUACAAUAUUGAACUAAUAUUUGUUCAUUUUAUCUUCGCGAAGAUAUGGAGUUAACUAAAAUUUCUCCAAGUGGCUCUGAACAAUGUCUAAUAGACAGUGCCACAACGCACACCAUUUUGAGACAUAGAGAUUAUUUUUCUCAUAUGACAUUAGUUGAUGCUAAUGUCAAUACAAUCUCAGGUGUUGCUAAACUCAUUGAAGGUUCUGGAAUAGCCUGUGUGAUUCUCCCAAAAGGGACAAAAUUAAUAAUUAAAGACGCUUUAUACUCCAGUAAAUCACGGAGAAAUCUUUUGAGCUUUAAAGAUUUGCGUCUAAAUGGUUUUCAUAUUGAAACCAUGUCUGAAAAUCAGAAGGAAUAUUUAUGUCUAACGACAAAUAGAUCUGGCAAUAAAUACAUUUCUGAAAAAAUGCCAGCAUAUUACUCGGGACUGUAUUAUACAUAUAUCAGUCCAAUUGAGAUAAAUGUGGUAUCUAAAAUUUAUGACCACAAUUCUUUUAUCUUGUGGCAUGACCGUUUAGGUCAUCCGGGCAGCACUAUGAUGCACAAUAUUAUUGAAAAUUCACUUGGACAUUCAUUAACUAAUGUCAAGAUUCCACAAUCAAGUGAUUUUCCGUGCACUGCCUGUUCUCUUGGCAAAUUAAUUAUCAGGCCAUCUUUAUACAAAAUUGGAGUUGAAUCUCCUGCAUUUUUAGAAAGAAUUCAAGGAGAUAUUUGUGGGCCAAUUACCCCUCCGUGUGGACCGUUUCGAUAUUUUAUGGUGCUCAUUGAUGCAUCAACACGUUGGUCACAUGUCAGUCUUUUAUCGACUAGAAAUUUUGCAUUUGCAAAUCUCCUUGCUCAAAUUAUUCGUUUGAGAUCACAAUUUCCGGAUUAUUCGAUAAAGAAAAUCCGACUUGAUAAUGCAGGAGAAUUUACAUCCCAAUCUUUUAAUGACUAUUGCAUGUCAAUUGGGAUUGAUGUGGAACAUCCAGUUCCACAUGUACAUACACAAAAUGGUCUUGCCGAAUCCUUAAUUAAGCGAUUGCAAUUAAUUGCUAGACCAUUAUUGAUGAAAUCCAGAUUACCAUCAUCUGCAUGGGGAUAUGCUAUAAUGCAUGCUGCAAAUUUAAUUCGGCUUAGGCCAACGGCAUAUCAUAAAUAUUCCCCAUUACAAUUAAUAUCUGGUAAAGAACCAAAUAUAUCCCACCUAAAAAUAUUUGGUUGUUCUGUGUAUGUACCAAUUGCUCCACCUUAUCGUACUAAAAUGGGUCCUCAAAGAAGGCUGAGAAUUUAUGUUGGUUUUAAAUCACCCUCAAUUAUUAAUUAUCUAGAACCUAUGACCGGUGACUUAUUCACCGCGCGGUUCGAUGACUGUCAUUUUGAUGAGACAGUAUUCCCAGCCUUAGGGGGAGAUAUUAAAGAAAUGGACCCACGUACGAAAGAUAUUACUUGGAAUGCAACAAAUUUAUCUUUUCUUGAUUCUCGCACAAAUGCUUGUGAACAAGAAAUUCAAAAGAUUAUUCAUUUACAAAAUGUUGCAAACCAAUUGACUGAUGCUUUCACAGACUCAAAGAAAGUGACAAAGUCACAUGUUCCAGCUAUGAAUGCUCCUUCUCGAAUAGAAAUUCCUGCGGAGAUUAGCGAAAGAACACUUGCUAAUGAAUCUAUGAUACGUAAAAAACGUGGUAGACCACUUGGUUCAAGAGAUUUGAAACCAAGAAAAUUUAAACAGCAAGUUGUAGUUUGUGAUGCCAAAGAAGUUCAACCUUCUCAAGAAGAAAAUGAGCAUUUUGAAAAUAUCGGCCUUGAAGAUAACAUCAACAAUAAUGAUACCUCAAAAGAGGAUCCAAUCACCUUCGAAGAGGUAAAUAUUCCAGAUAAAGAUAGAAACGUCGAUAAUUUUGAAAUUUCAAUUAAUUACGUUUCUAAUGGAAUACAAUGGAAUAGAAAUGAUAUUGAUGUUAAUGAUAUAUUUUCAUAUGCCAUCACCACAGAUAUAAUGAAUGAACACGAUGACAAUGAGCCUAAAUCUAUUGACGAAUGUCGUCGUAGAAAUGAUUGGCCAAAAUGGAAUGAAGCAAUUCAGGUAGAAUUAAAAUCGCUAGAAAAGCGUAAUGUUUUUGGACCAAUUGUCCAUACGCCAAAAGGCGUAAAACCUGUCGGUUUUAAAUGGGUUUUUGUGCGUAAACGCAACGAGAAAAAUGAAAUCGUUAGAUACAAAGCCCGACUUGUUGCCCAAGGUUUUUCUCAAAUGCCAGGAAUCGAUUAUGAUGAGACGUAUUCUCCAGUAGUUGAUGCUACAACUUUAAGAUUUUUAAUUGGCAUGUCUGUUUUUGAAAGGAUGCAAAUGCGCCUAAUGGAUGUGGUGACCGCAUAUUUAUACGGUUCACUCGAUACAGACAUAUAUAUGAGAAUUCCUGGAGGCUUUAAAAUACCUGAUGCUUAUAGCUCGAAAUCUCGAGAUUUAUUUUCCAUAAAAUUGCAAAAGUCAUUAUAUGGAUUAAAACAAUCUGGACGCAUGUGGUAUAACUGUCUCAGUGAAUAUUUGAUUAAAGAAGGGUAUAAAAAUGAUCCUAUUAGUCCAUGUGUUUUCAUUCAGCGAUCCGAAUCAGGAUUCGCCAUAAUUGCAGUAUAUGUUGAUGAUUUGAAUAUAACCGGAACUCCUAAUGAAAUUGAAAAUACUGCAAAAUAUCUCAUGAAAGAAUUUGAAAUGAAAGACCUUGGGAGAACAAAAUUUUGUCUCGGCAUUCAAAUUGAACAUUUGAGAAAUGGUAUUUUCAUCCACCAAUCAAAUUAUACCGAGAAACUUUUGAAGCGAUUUUACAUGGAUAAAGCACAUCCGCUCAAUUCUCCAAUGGUGGUUCGAUCUCUCAAUGUGCAUGAUGAUCCUUUCCGACCUUGUGAAGAUGAUGAAGAAAUCCUUGGUCCCGAAAUACCAUAUUUGAGUGCUAUUGGAGCAUUAAUGUAUUUGGCUAAUAAUACUCGACCAGAUAUUGCUUUUUCUGUAAAUUUAUUAGCCAGGUACAGUUCUUCCCCAACAAGAAGGCAUUGGAAUGGUGUCAAACAUAUAUUCCGAUAUCUCAAUGGUACAAUCGAUCUUGGAUUGUAUUUCAAGAAUGGUGCAAAUGCCACUUUAAUUGGCUACGCGGAUGCAGGAUACUUGUCUGAUCCACAAAAGGCAAAAUCACAAACAGGAUAUUUAUUCACCUAUGGUGAUACCGCUAUAUCAUGGAGAUCAAUGAAGCAAACAUUAACUGCAACAUCAUCAAAUCAUGCAGAAUUAAUUUCUCUUUAUGAAGCAGGUCGUGAGUGUGUCUGGUUGAGAUCAAUGAUCCAGCACAUACAAAAUGAAUGCGGUAUAGAAUCUUUUACUUCUAAUCCUACUGUGAUUUAUGAAGAUAAUACAACAUGUAUAGCUCAGAUCAAAGGAGGUUACAUCAAAGGGGACAGAACAAAGCAUAUAGCACCAAAACUUUUCUCCACACAUGAUCUUGAGAAAGACGGAACGGUCGAUGUCAAACAAAUCAAGUCAUGCGACAACCCUGCUGAUUUGUUCACAAAGUCAUUGGCACCGAAGAAAUUUGAAGAACUGGUCCAUAAAAUUGGAAUGUAUCGUCUUCGAGAUAUAUGUUAAAUUGAGGGGGAGUAAUAUAAUGCACUGCACUCUUUUUCCCUUCGUCAGGUUUUUAUCCCACUGGGUUUUUCUUGACAAAGGUUUUUAACGAGACAGUACAUUAUAAUACUAUGAAACUAAUACCCCAGAAUAAUUAGAAGAUGACCAUUCAAGGGGGAGUGUUGAAAUAUUAUUGAAUUAGUCAUCUUCUAACUAUUCCUGAUUAGGAAUUAUUAUCAUCAUUACAUAAAUAAUUAGGAAAUCAUAAUUGUGAUUUCAAGGUGAUAAAUGUGUGGCUCACAAUGAUCUCCUAAUCUCAUUGAGCUCACACUUUCUCCUAUAAAUAGGAGUCAUUCUCAUUGUAAUUAACACACCAUUAUCACACUUCUAAUAACAUCUUUCUCACUAAGUAUUCAGAUUAUACUUUA